AUGAUGACCCGAAGAAGAAUUCCUGGACAGACAAAAUUUACUCUCCAUAAAGAUGAUCAAGAGAGAGACGAAGUGCAACCUGUUGUUCAGAAAUACACCACCACUACGAACAAUCCUAAAACAACAACAACAUCAACAACAGCAACUAGUACCCCUUCUUUGAAGAACAAUAAGGUCUCGGCUGAGACUUCCUCAACAACAUCUUCAACUUUGGAAUCUCUCCUCCAACAACAACACACGGAAAUAUUAUCUCAAAUUAAUUUUGCAAUGAAUGCUUAUGGCUCUUCAUUGAAUGUCAUGAAAGAGCACUUUAUGAGCAUGUUGAAUUCAUGGAAUGAAUCCCAUGAAACCUUUCGAAAAACCAUGAUUGAAUUGGAAAAGGAAAGAAUGAAAACUUUGGAUCUGAUCUUGAAGCACUCAACAGCUGCUCAAUCCGUUUGGUCUGGCACAGCCACAACAGCCAACUUUGCUCCAACUUCCUCAUCACCAUCACAAACAGCUACUCUGCAAGAGAACGAGAAGAAGGCAUCUUCGGAGCCAAAGGCUGCCUCUCAACAUCAUCCUAACAGCAAGGACAAACAAACCAAACAAACUCCGACAAAAACCAAAUCAUCACAAACUACGACUGCCGUGCAAAAUACCAAAGAUGCUUCAACUGUAACUACUGCCUCAACAACCUCAACUAGUACCACACAAACCACGGAACCAUCUCCUGCCACUACUAAUAGUAAGAAUGCAAAAGCUAAGAAAGGUGCUGUUGCCAAAAAUAAUACUACUUCUGCUACCACCGCUGCUUCUACAAAUACCACCACAACAGCCCCAACAGCCACCACUAGUCCCACUACUAGUUCCAUCACAGAAAUUGUCAUUCCACCAACAAAACUCUUUUCACAGUCACACACAGAAGACAAGAGCCUUCGUAUCUUUCACUUGAGAGGAGAUUCCUCCGAAUCGAUUAAGGAAGCUGAAAAAGUGUUCAAAAAGCUCUCCCUUCAAAACCAAGUAUAUGCCUUAAAUAUUUUGUGGAAUGUAAAGGAAGAGAAAGCAACCACACGAGAAGAUAAUGAUACAACUCCAAUUGUACAAAUGAGAUAUAUUGUUUUGUGUGACGCUACCACUAUUUACCUGUACAAGAUUGCAAGUAGAGCUGAAAUGCAACAAAAAAAUCUUCAAUAUCCCUUGCCUUUGAGCUUGAAAUUACUAUUAACAAACAACAGAUGCUUAAAGGUUGGAAGUGACAUUCUUGAGAAGGUCGGCUUUUUAUAUCAUAAUUUAAAUGAGAUCUAUGUCAAACCGGUGGCAGAGUUGUUUGAACUGCCUGCCAAGAAGCAAUGUACAACAUUUUUAGAGUUAUUGAGCUCUGAAUUGGAAGUGUCCACCCAAACUUUAAACAAGGAAUUGAAAUGGAAUGAUUUUUCUGUGGACUACUCACAAGUUUUAAGCGAUGCUCAGGCUAUCACUGAGGCCAAAAAAGUUUGGAUCCAAUACAAGGUGUUGGAAAAUUCCUUCGCAAACAAGAAACAAGACGGAGAAAAUUUACAUGCCUAUGCUUGCCGAGUGUUAAAUGUGCAAAAAUAA